CACAACGUCUCCGAUGCCAAAGUCAGAAUGAUAAAAAUAAUAAUCAAUCAAGAUGUAUCUCUGUGUGUGUAUAUUUCGUACCUUUUUACUGACUGUGUGGGAGCUUUAUAUUUGCAACCUUGGGGGCUAGCCGUUGGGGUGAUAAAUGCUUUCUCAAGUAACGCCCCUGGUCCAAUAAUGAGACUUUUAAGAGGUUCCCAACGGUCUGCUGGGCUGAUUUCGUAACCGCUCAAGUCAUUGAUUGACUGCAUUGAGUGACUCUCUGUCUUCGUCAGUGACGAUGGUUUUCCUCGUUGUUCCUGAUGACUUCGUCAAGGAUGCUUCCUCCGUCACUAAAUGUUAUCUUCGUCUAGGGAUGCAGCAUCGUCAUUCCCAUCAAUUGCCCCCCAGGUUCUGGGGUCGUCAGUGACGUGUCAUGACGAUCACAGAAGAUGAAAAGCUUCUCUUGUGACUCUUGGGGUUCUGUUCCGCAUUUAAUGCUUAGUGGCGGCGCUACAGGCAAUCAUGGCCACGUGGCGCGUGACGAUCCGUGGAGUUAAUGGUGUGACCCUUGGGUUUCCCGCUGGUUUUCUAAUAGCUUUUUGGUCUAAGUUUAAAACUUCUCUUUUUCAAUUUUUUCUUUCACCUUUCAAAGAGCGAAGACAGAAAGUUUUUCAGUGAUAUUCCGAGCAUUCUUUUGAGACUGUCUUUCUUCUCCGACUCGCCUUGCGCCGUGCUUCUGCCGUUCCGCCAUUGGAGUUUGAGUUGUAUUUUUCUGCCCCUUAGAUUUCUGCAUUUCCAUGGUUGAUAGUUUGGAGGUUAGGAUAGCUUGUCCGUCGGUCUCCUUCCUUUUCGCGCGUCUGGGGGGGUCUUUGGGCACCUAUCCGUUUCUGGAAAAUUUUGUGUUUGAGGGUAAUUGUCUGAGCGUGGUUUUGGGCGACUUGUUGCCCUUGCUUCGUCAAUCUCUAAAUUGGUUCGAGGGUUUAGCUAGGAGAGGGUCAAUGUCUGAGGUUAGAUCUAGCGAUCUCGAGACUGGGUUGUCUUCUAGUGACGACCCGGUUGAAGGAGAUACAGCCGUCUCUGGCCAACGGGUGGUUAGGGCUUUUCAUGCCCUUGAGGAGAUUUGUGGCCUUGACGCUGAGACCGUGAAUAGAUUCAAGGAUCGGUUUCAGUUCCCCUCUAGGGUUCGUGUCCGUCUACCCAGGGAAGAAGAUAGGGCCUGCCACUUUUCCCCAGGUGAAGUGUGUUUUUAUGAGUCAUCUUUCACCUGCGGGCUUAGAUUCCCCGUCCAUCCGUUCCUGAUGGAACUUCUAGAUCAUUUCGGUAUUGCCCCCGGGCAGCUCAUGCCUAAUUCGUGGAGGAUCGUGAUCAACUGUAUGCAAAUAUGGUUGGCCUCCAACGGGGAUAUGAUCCGGCUGGCUGAGCUCACCUACUUGUACCGCUUGAAAGAAUCCAAAGAGUGGGGGUAUUAUGAGUUAGUCCCCUGGGAGAGAAAGACUAGGAUCGUCAAGGGCUUGCCCUCGUCCUUCAGGUAUUGGAAAUCGCGCUUUUUCUUUGUGUCUGGGGACGACUUCGAGACUCAAUCCAGCAGUGAUUGGGGUGAUAUCCCAAGGUUGCUCCGUCGGUGGGGAACCCCGACCUUAGCUAAGAGACGGCCUGGAUUGAAGAGCAGAUACAAGGAACGCAUAGAGACUGCGAUCGGGUACGCGGAGACGAUUGAGAGCUGGGACGAGCUGGUCGACCCCCGGUCUCUUGCAUUUUACAAUCUCGGUCCUGACCCUUCUCCUUUUGUUCUUCGUCAGCUUGGUAUUGAAGGAAAAAAGAAGAUGACGACCAAGUUUAACAAGGACAUGUACGCGAAGAUGAGGUCGAAGAAGGACGAGCCCUUGUCCAAUCUAGGGAAGAAGAUCGUGCGUGUGACCGGGCAGGGCUCUACUCCUACUCCCCUGAGCACCCUUCCUCUCGUAGCCCUUGAGACGACGAGAACUUCCUCUCCAACUGCAUCAAUAGAGGAGAUCGUCACUCCCGGCUCAAAAAGGCAGCGUGUAGCUGGUAAAGGGAAGGAGAAGAAGAAAGCUGAUGUUUCCUCGUCAACAAUAUGGGAUGAUGAGAGGUUAGCUUUGGACAAGGCUCAUGAGGUCAUCACUCCAGCGGACCUAAAGGCUCUCUCAGACAUGUCUUUAAAUGACGUUGCCUCCCGCCAUGUUCAUAAGCUCGUCCAGGUGUUGGGAGAGAGCCUCCACAUUACUGCUGAGUAUAUCACUCAAGAGGCCAAGGUGGCGUCUCUGACGACCCGAAUGGAGGCCCUGGAGAAAGAGAACUCCGACCUGAAGAAGAACCUGAUUACCUCCAUGGACGAGGCGACCUCUUUGAAGCAGAAGGUCAAAGUGUUAGAUGACGACCUCAGGGUUGAACGCCAGUUGACCCAAGAAAAGGAUGAGCAGCUUCUUUCAGCCAGGGAGAAGCUUGCAACUGUUGCCGCCAGGUCGGUGGAGGCUUUCCAGACCACUGACGAGUACAAUACUGUACUCUUCAGUUGGUAUUUCAAAGGCUUUGAGCUGCUCAGGAGGUACCUCGUCAAGCACCCUUCUGGGGUCAACAUGGAGAGUUUGGAUUUGGAGGAGGUAGAUAAGGAGAUGGCUUUGGACGAGGCUGCUCAGUCCUCUGCCCCAGAUGGUGAUGCUCCAGGUCCUGCCACCGAUGCCCCUGCCACCGUGGACGCUUCUGCUGAUGCCUGA